AUGCGUGCGUAUGUGAGCAUGGGCAUGAGCGCGCGUGUGUCGGCGUGCAUGUGUGAGCGUGCGCCUGUGUGCUUGUGUGUUAAAGCAUUUGUGGGCGUGCGUGCCUACGUGUACAUGAGUGUGCAUUUCACUGAGGAGAAGCUCGGGCAGGCAGAGAAAACCGAGUUGGAUGCUCACUUUGAGAACCUGCUGAGCCGUGCAGACAGCACUAAGAACUGGACCGAGAAGAUCCUGCGUCAGACUGAGGUCCUGCUUCAACCCAACCCAAGUGCCCGAAUUGAGGAAUUCCUUUAUGAGAAGCUUGACCGUAAGAUUCCCUCUCGGAUCACGAACGGCGAGUUAUUGGGCCAGUACAUGAUUGAAGCUGCCAGCGAAUUCGGACCUGGGACUCCUUAUGGUAGCACUCUGAUCAAGGUCGGUGAGGCCCAGAGACGCCUGGGAGCUGCUGACAGGGAUUUCAUCCAGUCUUCCAUGAUCAAUUUCCUGACACCUCUACGGAACUUUCUGGAAGGAGACUGGAAGACGAUCUCGAAGGAGAGGCGAUUGCUGGAAAACAGACGCCUGGACCUGGACGCCUGCAAAUCUCGGUUAAAGAAAGCGAAGGCAGCCGAGGCGAAGGCAGCAACGACACCCGAUUUUCAGGAGACUAGGCCUCGUAAUUAUGUGCUGUCGGCCAGUGCAUCUGCGCUCUGGAGUGAUGAGGUGACAAAAGCGGAACAAGAGUUACGACUGGCUCAGACAGGGUUUGAUCAUCAGGCAGAGGUUACCAGAUUACUGCUGGAGGGUAUCAGCAGUACUCAUACUAACCACCUUCGCUGCCUGCAUGAAUUUGUCGAGGCACAAGCCACCUAUUAUGCCCAGUGUUACCAGUAUACCCUGGACCUGCAGAAACUGUUGGGCAGGCUCCCCAGUGCAUUUGUGGGUAACUCGGACAAACCAGCUCCCCCCACUGGGGCUUCCCCGUCCACUGCCACCAUCCCGGUCGUUCCAUCGUUAGCGGGUCCGUGUAACCCCACACCAUCCUCGGUGGGCUUUGCUGAGGUUAGCCCCCCAUCCAGCGGGACGAGAAAAGCACGCGUACUCUACGACUACGAUGCAGCCGACUCCAGUGAGCUUGACCUCCUGGCCGAUGAGCUCAUCACGGUGUACAGUCUACCAGGAAUGGAUUCUGAUUGGCUGAUGGGUGAAAAGGGGUCUAAGGAAGGAAAGGUUCCAGUCACUUAUCUGGAACUACUGAACUAAAGAUCCCAUCAGGACCUUCCAUUGAAAGAUUGACCCUUGCAAAAAGACCACAUUAGCAUUUACCAAUUGUGUUCCGUUAAUUCCUAACAUCAUGUCCAACGUUUUUUUUUGGUGACUUUGAUUGCACCAGAAAGCUUUAAAGAAAAUUGCAAAGGUUUACAACAUUACUUUUAUAUAGUUUCUUUUCCAGGAAUUUAAAAGCAUCACUGAUCAUGUAUUUGAACAAUUAGGUUGUGAUGAAACCCUUUGAACGACGUGCUUAGCAAAACCUGAUAUAAUUUAAAACCGAACAAGCAAAUUCCCUGGGGACUGGCUCCGAGGGUGCUUCAGAAAUAUGCUUAGUUAGACCGGCUUUUUGUAGUUUGUACACUGGGACACUCUCUUUCAGACAGCCCACAGGAAUGAUGUAAUUGUAAUAGGUAACAGAAUGUAACGCCUCAGUUCAUCCAUACAGUCUCCAGUUUGGUUCGAAAUAUGGAGCCAUAGAGUGUCCUGGUAAAGGUCAAUUUGCAGCUCUUGUAGUGUAACUGGAGCCAAUAUUGUGAGUCUACUCUGCAUGGGCACAUAUAUGUCUUUCUGUCUGGUAAGGUGGAAUUUUAACUCCUGCAGGUGGAACUCUUCACUGAGACACCAAGGAUUUGUUUUGAAUUUUUAUGGGUGCGCAUUGCCGUACGUAGGUCACAGUGGAACAGCGUUCCCGUUUGUGGGUCAUCAGGAAGGAGAAACUUGGAUUUUCCAAAAUCGAGGAAGGCAGGUAGUGAUUGCUCCUGUGCACACUUCCCUUCCAUUGGCCAACCCUGCCAUCCUGAGCUGAUGAAACUGUCUCAGGCACUCGCCUCUUGCUUACGAGAAAUUUCAGGGGUUAGUUGUAUUUUCUUAAAAAAAAAGACUCACCAAAUCCAGAGUAGGAUAAAAGUUCACUUUAUUCUUCAAUUCCCUUUUGUAAGUUCAUUUUUUUUUGAGCUAAUUGUUUGACAUUCGAGGUGGUUUGCUUUGUGCAAGUUUAUAGAUUUGAACACUUUUAGGAAGGAAACUGGAUAUUGAUCAAGAGUCCUCAUCUCCUGCUCGUUCAGUAAACUGUUUGCAUUCCCCAUGUAAACUUAUUGUGCUUGCAAGGUACUGGUUGUGUGUUCAUUCCUUGGUCUGUAUUGUCUGCAUCGACCUGUAUGAACUCCUUCAAUCUGAGUGUAUUUGCUGCCUGUUUCAGCUGUUCUAUGCAUAGUGAAUGACCUUUAAAGAAUAAUAAAGCAUUGAAUUCACACUGA